AUGUCGUUCGCACAGCGCCUGAACCGCUCCCUCGACGGCCUCAAGCGCAACACGGGCAAGGGUAUGUGGAACACCGCGAGUCGUCCGCUGACGACCUCGGCAGUCCUCCGCAUGAACCCGGACCCGCACAGCGGCGCCCUCCCCAUUUUCUCCUUCACGGCCGACUCACCCCCCGUCAAUGAGGUGGGCGACUUUGCUCUGGGCUCCGACCUCGACAUUGGCGGUCAGUCGACCUGUGUCUUCACCCAGGUCAGCGACAAGGGGGACAACCUCGGCGAGAUUGCCAACACGGACAGCGGGUCUGUGGCCCAGCUGCCGUCCUCGGCCGGGAGCGCGGCUGACGACACCGGCCCCUCGGGCGGGGCCUACUCGGCCCAGACGCAGCAUGAGGAGAAGGGCAAGCCGUCCCACGCGUCCUUCCACGGCAUCCUCUCCCUCAACGUCCCCGCCGAGCACCGGGGCAAGAUCCGCACGGGCUACGCCGCCUUCCGCAACCGCAAAAGGCAGACGCUCAUGGGCGAGGAGACCUGGGACCUGGACCGGUACACGCACCUCCGCGUCGAGCUGGCCUACAGGGGGUGGGACGUCUGGCGCUCGCGCUGGGUGUGCAACCUCCAGACGGACGGGCCGGUGCGUUCCGAUCUCUUCCAGCACCGUCUCGAUCUUCCCUCCGAGUAUGCUUCGAAGGAACCGACGCCCAUGUCGCCGCUGAAAUGCACCGGUCUCAACUUUACGACCGUCCACCUGCCCCUCGACGGGUUCGUGCUCACCAACUCGGGCCAGACGAGCGAGAAGCAGAUCAAGAUGAUGCAGAACAAGAUCCGCACCAUCGGCUUCGCCCUCCUCGGCGGAGGACGGAGUGCCGAGAACGAGGCACCCGCCGCACUCGAGGCCGAGUCCGAGGCCCCCAAGAACAAGUACCACAAGGUCGGCGGCGGCGCACCCACCUCCGAGGGCAUGCCGACCGACCACCAGAGCGAGGGAUACUACGAGCUCUGUAUCCGCAAGGUCGACGCCGUCAGGUGGAACACCGAGGACGAGUAG